AUGGCGGACACGAAGGUCGCUCAAACGACGAGCGUGACCAUCGUCAUGAUGUGCUGCAUCACGCUGACGGUCGUGAUGAGGACCUUUGUACGAAGCGUACUGUUACGAAGCCUGGGAUGGGACGACAUGACCGGCGUUGGCUUGGGUUCCCAUUUCCGAGACGUCUCAGCAACAGACUUUGCCGAGUUUCUCAAGGUAGGUAAAGAGCGGAAGGGACUUUUUCGAUGGCAACUGACGGGCCUCGUUCAGUUUCAAGUCGUCACACAACUCACCUACAUCUGGGCCUUCGUAACAGUCAAGAUGUCGUUUGCGGUGCUUUACUUGAGACUGCUUCCCGAUCAAGUCUACAUACGCAUCAACAAGUUCCUCAUCAUUCUUCUACUUGCGGAAGGUAUCGAGGAGACGGCAGUGGUAAUCUUUAGAUGCGCUCCCAUUCAACGUGCUUGGACACCAACCGUGCCCGGGACGUGCUUGGACUUGACCGUCUUCUACUACUCUGCCUUCGUCAUCAAGCUGUUGACAGACCUGGUCCUUUUCAUCCAGCCAAUUCCGACCAUUUGGAAGUUGCAAUUGCGGGUUGCAAAGCGAAUUGGUGUUAUUUUCAUGCUCUCCCUAGGCUUACUAUCCAUCGAGACAUCGCUAAGGGUUGGUAGUGUUUGUGUCAUCUCCAUUAUCAGGGUGAGCUACAUCAACGCCUUCGACCGAGACGUUACUUUCUUGGUUGCCGAUCCCCUGCUCUGGUCCGAGGUCGAGGUCUGCGCCCUGAUCAUCUGCUCCGGCGUGCCGUCGCUCAGACCGCUCAUAUCGAGAUUCCCCGCCCUGAACAAGGCUCUCGGCCUAUCGACAGGAAAAUACUCAAAAGUGUACUAUCCAGGCCAACAAACGACGAUAGGCGGGACCAAGCCAUACCUAGGCCCGAAUGCGUAUGCCCGCGCAACAAAAGGCCAAGCUGGUGGGAAGCUGUCGGUGAGCUCAAGCUCUUAUGGUCCUUCGACGAUACUUAGCAACACCGAUAACAUGGAGAACAUUCUGCCGUUGGAUCUCGGGAAGCCGUCGUUGGCGCACAGCGUGGAGAUGGGCAUCAUCAAAGUGAAGAACGACACCCAGUCAUCGCAAACAUCGAGUAUACCGUCCUCCCAGUACGUGAUGGAGGACCCUUAUUUCCCUGCAGGACGGCCGAUGGCCAGGCGAAAAAGUCGGGGGAACAUACGCGACGGCACGGGCUGGUUGUCGGACGACUGA